AUUAUCGAAGGUGCUUAGAUAUUGAUCCUGUAUUUCGAGGUAGUUCAAACUGAGCCAUUGGAUCUCCGGUUUACCUUCUCAUUCGUCUGCGAGGAACGUUGUCCACUAACAAAAAUGCCUAAAAGAAGGUCGGAUACUCCUGAGGAGAAGGAGUCCUCCAAAGUCACAAAGCAAGAGCCGACCAGAAGGUCAGAGAGACUGUCAGUGAAACCUGUUGCACCCAGGCCUGAAGUGAAGCCAAAGAAGGCAGAAAAGGCCAUCGUCAAGAAGCCUAACCCUAACCCUGUUGAAGAGAAACCAGUAGGGAAGGCAAAGAAAGCAGUAGCCAAGGGCAAAACCGAUGCUGGAGUUGCCCAGAACGGACAGGUCAAGAAUGAGGAAACCGAAGAAGCCGAGAGCGUUACUGAAGAGAAGGUGUAAAUGAAAGGGAGGGAUUGUCCUACCUAGAUGAUCACUUUGGUUUCUACUCGAUGGCAGCAAAACAUCUCUUCUUCUUUUUUUUACCGAGGAUUUUGUAAGAUGAUUUUUUUCUAGACUCGUUUUAGUAAAAAAUGGAAAACCAGCAAUUCCCAUUCCCUGUCUACACCUGGUACACACUCCUUCGUUCAGGUUUUUCCGUUUUUUUUUCUUUGCCCCCGGAAUCCCAGAUUUCUGUCGAGCAGCAUUUUUCCGGGAAUCUCCACGGAAGAAUGCCAUUCUUUUGAUUGAAUCGCUUGCAUGAGACUUUGGGUAUACCCAAAGGGAAAUUCCUCUGUAUGUCUACCUACCUUGAAUAAAACCAUUCUCUCCUUUUGUACCAAGAGGAGAGGUAUACAACCGUGCAUGCUCCAGCAUCCCAAUCUUUCUAUAGACGGCAACUGACAUUGUUGGCUAUGCUAGCUAGCGAGGUGGAACACUUACUCUUUUGCAAAAUAAUUAUAAUUGGGAAUAUAAUAUUUAAAGAAUCGUUGCAGCAUUUGCAUUGGUCAGUCAUAAUUAUAGUCUAAUAUUUAUACACAUACUUCUGUUUUACAGAGGAAUUUUCUUAAGGGACUUUUUGAACGACACCGUAGUGUCUUCUAAAUUAAUGUGUUUGUUUUUUUAGUUAACUCAAAAUGUGUUUCACACUGGUAUAAAAAAAACGGUUUUGAGAUGAAACAAUGAGAUGAGAUGAAACAAAAUAAACCUUUACACCUGCACCAUUUGAAACUUUUGGAAUAACUACAAGUGUAAUUCUAACAAUAAUAGUAAUAAUGUAUGCUUUUUGGGCAAUUAUUUUGAAAAUGUGGAUUCCUGUCCUCAUCAUGUGUGUUCCUAAUUUGUUCUUUAUUUUUAUUUUGAGAAAAGAUCCAUUUGUCAUAGAGAAGAGUGAUAAAGCAAUAAUGAGUGGUGCUUCUGUUUAGGAAGUCAGAUUUGCCAAUGGACCUUAUGGUCUCUUAAGUUUUCAUCCUGUUGAAAAGAAUAUUUUGAAAUAAAAUAUAAAGUUGAUGUCAAUGUGCAUUUCUUAUUCUG